GCGUGUUCCUCCGCGACGGGCAGCCCGACAGGGGACUGCCCGCGGCCACGUGCUGGCAGAUGUGCGAGGCGCUGGAGGUGCGGUUCCCCAAGGAGAUGGACUGCGUCUAUGGGAGCAUCACCCCGCUGCACCGGCCGAAUUAGGAAUAUUUCCCCGGCAUGGCGAUAUACCCACUCAACACACUCGGGUGGCAGAUUUUAUCAUGUUUCUCUCAUUCUCUCAGCAUCUUUUCCUUCUCAACACUGUAUUUUUCCCAACUUCACUUACAAGUCUCCUUUUUUGUCUUGGUUUCAUGUUCCUUCAGCUAUUCUUGGGAGGUGGAGGGUCUUUUGAUUUGCAUUACCAUGGCGUUGGAUGUUUCGGGUCCUCUGUUCAAUUAAAAUUCGGUACGAGAGAGUUUCAUGGAAAGAGCGAGGGUUGGACAGACAUGGAAGCCUGUCGGUUCGGCAAAGAGAGAGAAAACACGCGAGACGGCCGCUAUCCUGUUCAUGAACAACAGAUACCCUGUACAUUGCUUUCUCACAUACGAUAGGAAGAGGGGGCCCUCAGUGUAUGUAUUCGUAGGAGGGAAGGGAGGGGGUUGGAUGCGUAGGUAGGCUUGGUCGGAUGGGAAACCUUUCGUGGUUCCGUUCGUUUCCCCUGCCUGCGCACUUUUUCUCUCUCAUUCGAAACUACUCAUUUUGCUACCCAGAACUGUCCAUAUUACUUGUCAUGGUGACAAUACUGCGCCUUUCGUUGCCGGAAGCUGGGUUUCAGGGGUUAAUAUUGUACAAGUUAUGAAGCAAGCACAAUCGCUGUGUGAUUGGCUGCGGUGUCCCAAUCGGGAAGUGGCAACCACAACCGUCUUGGGCCCAAUGCUGCCUUACAUAAUCAGUCAUGG